AAACAAUUGGAGACAAUUAACUCCGUUAAGUGAGGAAAUUGAGGACGAUAAACAGGAUGACAAUGUUAUUGUUCAGAGAUGCUUUUUGGGGAAGCGAUUUUAUCAGUCAUGCCGGCUACGAUGCUCUGAUCCAAAGGCUACGCGAUGGCAAGGAGAUGUGCAAAGAUGUGGAGGGGCUUUUAAAGAUGAGGGCCGUAGCAGAGGAGCGGUACGGGAAGGAGCUGCUGACUAUCGCGCACAAAGCCAGGGGCUUCACAGAGAUCAGCACCUUGAGAGCCUCCUUUGAUGAACUCAAAGCACAGAUUCAGAACAACGGGUAUUUUCACAUCCAGCUCGCUGACAUGUUGAGAGAGGAGGUCAAAAAGUUGGAGACAUUCCGGGAGCGGCAGAAGGAGCAAAGGAAAAAGUUUGCAGAAAUCAUGGAGAAGGUUCAGAAAAUAAAAGUGUCGAUGUUUAACAAGACCAUGGAGUCUAAGACAAACUAUGAACAGAGAUGCAGAGAAGCUGACAAGCUGCAGCAAGAGGCCGCCGCACUGUCUUCACCCAAACACUCGGAGAGGGUACAUCACAAGGCCAAGCAAAGCAUAAAGGCUGCCAAGAGAACAGAGCAGCUUUACAUCACCAACGUGGAAAAACUAGAGACAGUUCGUCAGGAUUGGGAGGAAACCCACAGGAGCACAUGCGAGGUGUUCCAGCAAAUGGAGAUGGACCGCAUCAGCAUGCUGAGAUGUGUUCUCUGGGACCACUGUAACCACUUCUCUAUGCAGUGUGUCAGAAAUGAUGAACUUUACGAGAACGUGAGAAAGACUCUUGAGACAUGUGACAUCACCUUAGAUAACAACUGCUUCAUAGAAACGAAAACAACAGGGUCAAGCCCACCAGAGUGCAUUGUGUUUGAGGACUUCUAUCAGAGGAGUCAGUCGGAGGACAGAACUGACAGCCCUCACUUUGCAGGAGGCGGGGGUCUCAGCAGCAGGUUGUCUAAACUACUACCAGGAGGCACUUGGUGUUCAAAUAACAACAUCGAUGAUGGCAAUUUACAUUCAGAGUCAGCGAUGACAUCUAGUGAUCACUCUCUAGCAGAUAAUGCGUCUGAAACAAAUGAGUCCUUACACAACUUCCAGCAAGAUGCCUCAGCGGCCACUUCUUCAACCAAUGGAUACAGCUACAUAGUGCUUUACAACUACCUCGCACAGGAUGAAGAGGAGUGUUCUGUCAGGGAGGGGGAAGUGGUGCAGGUGUUACAGCAAGGAGACGACGGCUGGUGGACUGUAGAGAGGAAUGGCCAGACUGGAUUGGUACCAGGGUCUUACCUAGCCAUUUUGUGAACACAUACACGCAAAGACACACGCACACGCACGCACACACACAAGGGCAUAUGCAUGCACUAAGGACAUAAAAAAGCACGCAUUUGCACUUAUUUGCAUUCUAACUUGCAUAUGAACACAGUACCAUUACACAUUCACAAAUAAACACGCUUCUCAAGCUUUUUAUUUGUCUUUCCAACCUUUGUUAAUGUCCUAAUGAACCCAAACAUUCGGACGAAUACUAAAAUGAUCUUCAUCUAAUUGUAGUCACAAAUAAUUGACUUGUAUAAUUUUUUUAGCAUUUUAUAUUGAAUGAUGCAACAGAUGAUGAUGAUGCAACCGCUUUUACAGCUAUAUUAUGCAGCGACUUGUUUUUAUACUUUUAAGGGCAUUAUUUAUUGCCAAAACCUCAGUAAAAGUGUUUUAAAAAAAAUCAAGACAGAAUGUUAAUAUUGUUUCAUGUGUGUGGAAAAAUUCAAUUAUUCACUGUAUUUUUUUAUCUUUAUUUUUUACAUUCGUGGACAAUGGUAUACAUAUUUUCUUUUAAGGAAGAACAGUCAACCACUGGUUAAGUUGAAAUGUAGAAUUUUAUUUCAAUCAGUGUCCUGUAUGUUCCACAAUCUAUGUACAUUAUUUUGUUUCAAAUAUUUUUUACUGCUGCUCUAUCUAAAUACCUAAUGAUCAACUCAAAGUCUCAGAAAUAAUAAUAAAACAGUACACAAUGCCACAAAUCAAGUAGAAAAAGAAAAGAAAAACCUUCAUUGCAGGUUAUCAAUUACAUUUCAGUGGUUGAACAACGUACCAUGCAGGAAUAAGAACUGUUUGACAGGAGAUGUUGGUGACAAACUGCUUCUACACACACACACGUGGGUUUUUUAGGUAACACUGACAAUACUGCUACUCAUAGCAUUUCUAUGGAGGAAUGGAAACUAGAAAAAUAGGGUUGGCAGAUUAACAUUUUAAUGGUAAUAGGGUACUAGUGAAGCCUCACCGAGGGAGGAUCUACCCUAAACUGGUAAUUCGAUGCAAAACGCAUGAUCUGAAUAAUUCAAUGUUUGUGAACACAAAGCGCUCUCUUGGUCUGAGCGACGCCAUCAAGACACAAUGCAAAGCGUUGCACCACGAACGUGACAUCAACGACUUUGAGCUAACAGAACAUUUGGUUUGAGUCUUCUCAUCCCAAUAAGAUACAGUCUGAAGCUUCAAAUCAGAAACUGAGGCUAGACUUUCAAAAUACAUCUGUAAAUUGUCCUAGUUCUCACAAAGCCUUGGUCAACAGAGAUUUUAUUGUCCCUUGGUAGCAGCUGCUCACAGUAUGUCUGGGGUGUCUAGCUUUAAGGACAGCUCUUGUUCACAAAUACAGGUUAGAUUUUAGGAAUACUGUGUAUGUUCUGUUAAAGCAUAGAUUUGCCCUAAUAACAAUGAAUACACAAGAUCUCCAGCCAUAGUGCAAACCGGUAGGUUAAGAUAUACAUUCUAUACAACGCGGUCAAUGAUUUCAUUGCUGAGCUCCAAACGGGUCAUCGUCAGCUAUCAGUUCAAUAUUCUGAUAAGAGUGGAAAAUAGGAAAAUUAAGUGCAAAGUUUAAAAAAAUCAAUUUUUUUGGCCACUAAAAUAAUCAAAAAUAUAAAUAAUAACAAAAAUUGGGAUUUGGGCUUCAAUUUUCUGAUUUUUGCGACAUAGUACGAAACGUCUAAGUUCAGGAUAUUUGUGUGGGUAAAAGUUGAGGUAAGUCUUGUUUUUUUAAGGACACCAUAGAUUCAACAACUGGCAAAAGGGGGAGCCAGAAAAUGCAACAAGGUCAGAAUGCAGCACUGACACUGAUAUUUACAUAAGAUUCUUCUAUAUUAACAUGCAGUCUGCAACCAAUUGUUAAUGAAUUGCAAAUGAAUCCUAAGUGAUAUGCCCUGCUAGUUCACAUCACUUAUCUUAUUUAUCUUAUUUUCACCCAAAUGAAGUUGUGUGCAAUAUAGAAAAUCUCAUGUUAGUUACAUAUGCAGAUGGCAUGGCUUUAGUGGUGCGCCUUACCAGUGCACAGUCAUUAAACAUGUACACUAACUGUUACAGAACUCAUAAAGUGGUUUGAUGACAGUCAUCCUUUGUUGAAAAUAAAUUUAAAAAAAGUUUAGAUGGUAACAAGAGGAACUGGUCGGUCAAACCCUCUAUUUAAAUCAAUUACUGUUAAGGGCCAGGAGGUAGAACAAGCGAGCUCCUUUAAGUACUCGGGGACAGUGUGACACCAAUCUUUUCCCUUUACAGAUCAUGUAGGAUGCAUUUACAAUAAAAAGCACAGCAAAUACUCUUCCUAUUGCGUAAACUAAGGAAUUUGGAGGUCAGCCAAUGCUCUUUAAACAGAGUAUACCAAACCCUAAUUGAAAGCAUACGGAUUUUUAACACUGUGUCCUGGUUUGAGCACGUGAGUGUCAAAAGCAAGACAAAGCUUUGCAAAAUGGAUAAACUGGGCAGGGCAAUUACAGGCUGCAAACAAACCCAGCUGUCCUGUCACCAUGGCACAGCAGUCCACGCUUAAGUGGCAAAAUCUUAGAUGACUGUAGCAUCCCUUCAAUCCCCACUUUCAGCUGCUGCCCUCAAGGCAACGGUAGAGUCCCCUGUGCAAAGAAAAACAUCUACAGAAAAUCGUUUGUCCCUGUUGCCAUAAAAUAUCUUAAUCAAUAAGGACAGCCUGCUACCUCAGUACACAGCAUCUGUUCAUUUAACCCUGAUUCACCAUCAACUACCACCUCCAUGAAGUUGGCACCCCAUGUAAUCAGAACAUGAAUAAAAAUAU